CGGGGCGGAGCGGGGCGGAUCUCGGCGCGGGGGCGGGACUCGGCGCGCAGGCGCGCUGGCGGCGAGUUCUGCGGCUCGGGAUGGAGGAAGGCAUAUCAUAAAACCUGACGCUGCUGUACUCCAGGAGAUUAUAUAGCAAAAUGGAUAUACAAAAUCCCCCAACUUCCAAAUGUAUCACUUAUUGGAAAAGAAAAGUCAAAUCUGAAUAUAUGAGACUUCGACAACUCAAACGGCUUCAGGCAAAUAUGGGUGCAAAGGCGCUAUACGUAGCCAAUUUUGCUAAGGUUCAGGAAAAGACCCAGAUCCUCAACGAGGAAUGGAAGAAGCUUCGCGUCCAGCCGGUUCAGUUGAUGAAGCCUGUGAGUGGACAUCCUUUCCUCAAAAAGUGUACCAUAGAGAGCAUUUUCCCGGGCUUUGCAAGUCAACACAUGUUAAUGAGGUCUCUGAAUACGGUCGCCUUGGUUCCCAUCAUGUAUUCCUGGUCCCCUCUCCAGCAGAACUUUAUGGUUGAAGAUGAGACCGUUCUGUGUAAUAUUCCCUACAUGGGAGACGAGGUGAAAGAAGAAGACGAGACUUUCAUCGAGGAGCUGAUCAAUAACUAUGACGGGAAGGUCCAUGGUGAAGAAGAAAUGAUCCCCGGGUCUGUCCUCAUUAGUGAUGCUGUUUUCCUGGAGCUGGUCGAUGCUCUGAAUCAGUACUCGGAUGAGGAGGAGGAAGGGCACAACGAUACCUCAGAUGGAAAACAGGACGACAGCAAAGAAGACCUGCCAGUAACGAGAAAAAGAAAACGGCAUGCGAUAGAAAGCAACAAAAAGAGUUCCAAAAAACAGUUCCCAAAUGACAUGAUCUUCAGUGCAAUUGCCUCGAUGUUUCCUGAGAAUGGAGUCCCGGAUGACAUGAAGGAGAGGUACCGAGAGCUCACUGAGAUGUCGGACCCCAACGCUCUUCCACCCCAGUGCACGCCCAACAUCGACGGCCCCAACGCCAAGUCUGUGCAGCGGGAGCAGUCGCUGCACUCCUUCCACACGCUCUUCUGCCGCCGCUGCUUCAGAUACGACUGCUUCCUCCACCCUUUUCAUGCCACCCCUAAUGUAUAUAAACGCAGGAACAAAGAAAUCAAGAUUGAACCGGAACCCUGUGGCACAGACUGCUUCCUCCUGCUGGAAGGAGCUAAGGAGUACGCCAUGCUCCACAACCCUCGUUCCAAGUGCUCUGGUCGUCGCCGGAGAAGGCACCACGUGGUCAGUGCCUCCUGCUCCAACACCUCAGCCUCUGCCGUCACAGAGACUAAAGAAGGGGACAGCGACAGGGACACGGGCAACGACUGGGCCUCUAGUUCUUCAGAGGCUAACUCCCGCUGUCAGACCCCCACCAAGCAGAAGGCCAGCCCGGCGCCCCCCCAGCUCUGUGUCGUUGAGGCACCCUCCGAGCCUGUGGAGUGGACGGGAGCUGAAGAAUCCCUUUUUCGAGUCUUCCAUGGCACUUAUUUCAACAACUUUUGCUCCAUAGCCCGGCUCCUGGGGACCAAGACGUGCAAGCAGGUCUUCCAGUUUGCCGUCAGAGAAUCUUUGAUCCUGAAGCUGCCAACCGACGAACUUACGAACCCUUCACAGAAGAAGAAAAGAAAGCACAGGCUGUGGGCCGCGCACUGCAGGAAAAUCCAGCUGAAGAAAGACAACAACUCCACGCAGGUGUACAACUACCAGCCCUGUGACCACCCGGACCGCCCCUGCGACAGCACCUGCCCCUGCAUCAUGACUCAGAAUUUCUGUGAGAAGUUCUGCCAGUGCAACCCAGACUGCCAGAAUCGCUUUCCUGGCUGCCGCUGUAAGACGCAGUGCAACACCAAGCAGUGUCCCUGCUACCUGGCCGUGCGGGAGUGUGACCCCGACCUCUGUCUCACCUGCGGCGCCUCCGAGCACUGGGACUGCAAAGUGGUUUCCUGCAAAAACUGCAGCAUCCAGCGGGGUCUCAAGAAGCACCUGCUGCUGGCUCCCUCGGACGUGGCCGGAUGGGGCACCUUCAUCAAGGAGUCGGUGCAGAAGAACGAAUUCAUUUCCGAGUACUGCGGUGAGCUCAUCUCUCAGGAUGAGGCUGACCGGCGGGGGAAGGUCUAUGACAAAUACAUGUCCAGCUUUCUCUUCAACCUCAACAACGAUUUUGUGGUGGAUGCUACCCGCAAAGGAAACAAAAUCCGAUUUGCAAACCAUUCAGUGAAUCCCAACUGUUACGCCAAAGUGGUCAUGGUGAACGGGGAUCAUCGGAUUGGGAUCUUUGCCAAGAGGGCAAUUCAAGCUGGGGAAGAGCUUUUCUUUGACUACAGGUACAGCCAAGCAGACGCCCUCAAGUACGUGGGGAUUGAGCGGGAGACCGACGUCCUUUAGCCCUCCGGGGUCCCCCGCCAGCGCUGUGGUAGCGGCACUGUCUCUGCUUUCCUGCCCCUCCCCACCCCUGCUGGACUUUCCCGCACUGUCCCCGCUAAGUGACCCCACCACCGCCUCUGCCCUGAGUGUGGACAGAAAGACGGCGACAGAGGCAGCCAGGGCCGGUCCCCUCAGAGGGGACCCAGGACCGCAGGCCCCCGAGGACUGAUGCUGCGCAGGCUGUGACUGUUGAAGGGACUGUUGGCUUCAGCCUGGAGUUUCGGCUCCGUGGGGCCAGAGGCCUGCGGCCGGGGUUCCCGCACACCUCAGAGAGGCCUGGUUCCAGGCCAGCCUGAGCUCGGAGGGCAGCGGGUCGUGCCUCUGCCUUCCGGACAGGGUUCGGCUGGGAAGAGGGUUCUGAGCGGGCUCUGAGCGCAGCCUCGAGGACCAGGGGAAGGAGAGCUCAGGCCGCCCUGCCACCGCGGAAAUGGCAGGAGACGGCGCCGAGUGGGCCCCUGAGACUCGGAGCCCCCUUCCCAGCCCACUCGGGUGCACGUGCCACGCCUCUCAGCGCCUCCCGGAGCGCUGCCCUUCCCCUGCUCGGCCUGCCUCUGGGGCCCAGCAGGUGCAGGAGGGGGACUCUGAGCACUUCCCCAGACGGAGUGGUUCCCGCCUCUCCGCGCUGGGCCACCUCUCUGCUGAGCGUGGAGGCGGGGCCCGGGUCCCAAGGGCAUCAUGCAUGCAGGGCAGACUGACCUCGAUGUCUGGGGUAUUGGGGCGCAGCAGCCAACCAGCUGUGCCAGUCUGCGGUGCCCAGAAAAGCACUUUAUUUCUUUCAGAAGGUGGAACUUGAGUCACGGUCUCUGGGGUCCCUGGUAAAUAGACCCCGUUCCCGAACGAGGAGCACGUGUCUCCACCAACACUGCUCAUUUCCCAGGGGGGCAGGAAGCACCGGUGGCUGCAGGACCAAGCCUGAGAGCUGCCCACGUGGCCGUGGCCAGAUGCUGAGCUGGCAGCAGGGCGGGCACGGGACCGGCCAGGGUGUGGGCAGGUGCCGACAGCGAGAGGCUGUGCCAGGGAGCAGCUCUCCCUUCUCCGGGCAGCUGGAGCCUCUCCGCCCUCCGCUCUACCCUCUUCUCCAUGCCACCAAGCUGGGACUCAGGGUUUUCGUGGGGCAUGCACAUACACACACUCACACCCACACAUACACACUCUCACACAUACACAUACACUCACAUACGCACACACACAUACACUGAAACACACAUGCACACGUAGACACACAUACACAGCACACACCAUACACAUCCGGUCACACACAUACACACACACACACACGUACACAUACACCCACACGCUCACGCCGACAGUCACACACACUCCUCUCCCAACCUCACUGGCGGGUACUCAGCACCAGCUCCUGGCAGACCCUCUCCCUGCCCACUGGUUCCUGCCCCAUGGGGGACCUGGUCCCUGUAUCUGCUGUGCUUUGUAUCAUUGCCAGCAGGGGGACACCCUCCUGGGUUGGGGGCUCCGGGUUGCUUGUAAAUCAUAGGGGAAGCCCCGAGACACGGAGGAGGAGCAGUGCGGCUUGGAGAAUGAGGGGCUGUCCGCAGAGCAGGUGACGAGCAGAUGACACGGGCCUGGGGGAGGCUGGCCUGGCCCCCACCGCCCUGGGUGACCCGUUCAGACCACUCACACUCCCGUCCCCUCCCCCUGCCGCCUGCUGCUUGAAUGGUGACGGUGGGGUGCCCCCUCCCCAGGAGAGCCCGGCUGCCGCCCUGUGGCGCUAUUGCAGCUACUCUCACGCACUUUAAAGCCCAAUGGCUUGUGACCUCUUCUCUGAAUAAAGUGGUAGAAUCCA